UAAAAGCCCCAGCCGGUCCGAAACUCCGGUAGUCUUGAAGUUAAGGUGCCACCCGUUUGUGAUACUAGUGUUAAAAAAAAAGAAUGGAAGUCCUAACCAACCACUUAGCGGACUACCAGAAGUCCGAAAAGGCCAAUUUCUGGUACUACGACCCCUCGAAGCAAGUCCAGGAAGCCGACGGGGAUUCCCCCGUGUCCUUCCUCUCGAAGCGGCUGGAGGAGGAGAUCAGGAAGGCCAAAAGGACGCAUUUAUCCUGCGGCGAAGUCCUGCUCCCGUGCGGCCUUUUGCAGAAAGUCGCCGAAGAUGUGCUGGAAAUCGCCGAAACGGAGCUCUACGGCCUGAAGGGGUGCACGCUCUAUCUGCUCUACGAGGGAGAGGAGGAUUGUAGGAGGUUGAGCAAUUUUAAGAUAGAUCCAACAACACCGUCAACUUUUGAAAUCUAUCUCACCUUCAAGCAGGCCAAUGCCGGGUGGACUUUUCUGCCACAGUUCCUCAAGAAAAUAACCCGAGGCAGCACUGUUGUGAUCAGCACCGAGUACGAACUGACCAAAAAGAAACUCUACCGGAUUUUGCGAAAAUAAAGAGACUGAUUUGCAAGAGUUUUCUAUUUUUAUAUAGAGAUAAUAUGAAGAUGAAUUUAUAAGCGCAGCGUGAUGUUAGUUUUAAGUUUGUUUUUAUUUGACAGUAUUUCAACUCGAUCGAGUUUUAUUUUUAUUAGGAUUCCGAUGGGAGUCUGUGAUUUUGCCAUCGUGAUAUGUGUUAUAAUAAUACAUAACGUACCUGUGUACUUAAAAUGUUUCAAGUAUUUUUUAAAUUUUAUUUAAAAGUUACUGAAGCUUUGAUUUGUGUCACGUGUUUUGUUUUUGUGAUAUAGAGUAGAGUCUUUGUUUGUGAAAUAAUAAGACAUGCAUGGUCGUACAAAUUUUCAAUUAACAUGUAUGUUUAUAUAUUUUUAAAAUGAGUAUAUUGAAAACAAGUUAAGAGGCUAUAAUUAGAUUUUAAGAUAUUUUGUACUAUAGGUUUUUAUAAUUGAAGUAGACGUAGGAGUUAGUUUCUUGCUACUUGUGUGAUAGUACAGUAUCUGUACAACUCUCAAGCUUUUGUACUAUUCGAAACAAAGAAUAAAAACAUAUUCGAAA